AUGUCGGAUAAAAAUUUUGAGGAUACAGGUAAUGCGAUAUAAAUAAAUAUGUACAUACAAUACAAAUUAGAGAUUCAAAGUGCCGUCUUCAAAGCAAGUAGAGAGCAAAGAAAGAAACAAAAAAAGAAGAGGACCACCAGACAAAUCAGGGAAGAAAUGACCAAUGUGAGUAUGAGUGAAAAGUAGGGAGCCGUCAACUUGACGCGUCAACCACGUUAUCAAAUGGUCGUUACUAUAUAUUGCUGAUUUCGAAAAUCUUACUCAUUUCUUCUGUUGGGGAAAGGGACGGUUGGGAAAAAAGACGAUUGGGGAAAAGUCCGAUUGGGCGCGUCUCCACAUUUCGGAGGACAACUCGGGUCGCGACACUUCGGGUCAACGACAUUUCGGGUCAACGAUACCGUUUAAUAUUUUCGCUUCGGGACUGGGAAAAAAGAAUUUUUUGGUGAAUUUGAACAAAAUUUUUAAAUGUUUUCGCGUCGGGACUUGGAAAAAAUGAUUUUUUGGAGAAUUGAGGUUUAUUUUUUAAUUUUUUUAGGAAAAUAGUGUAUAUAAACGACGAGCAAAUAAGAAAAUCGUAUCCAUUGUUUGUUUUUAACUGGAUGCACGGGAUUCUUAAAAAUCAAAUUCUCCAAAAAAAAUCCUUUUUCCCAAGUCCUGAAGCGAAAACAUUUCAAAAACUUUUCAAAUUCUCAAAAAAAUUCUUUUCCCCAAGUCCCGAAGCGAAAACAUUUCAAAAACUUUUCAAAUUCACCAAAGAAUUCUUUUUUUCCAGUCCCGAAGCGAAAAUAUUAAACGGUAUCGUUGACCCGAAGUGUCGCGCGCGACCCGAGUUGUCCCUGACCCGAAAUGUCCUUACGCGUAACGCCCGAUUGGGGAAACCGAAAAGUAUUAUUUUUCUUCCAUGAAAAUGUCGAAGUUAGGAUGAUCGAGGGUGCUGAUUUCGAAAAUGACACUCAUUUCUUGAUUCUUACUUUUUUCCUUAAGUAGUACUGUAAAGUAGUAAUUUUUGAUUUUUUCAUAAAUACUGGAUUUAGGGGUUUUCGAGGGUGCUGAUUUCGAAAAUCAUGUUCAUUUUUUCUGGUUGUUUUUUUUCUUAAGCAGUACUGUUAAGUAGUAUUUUUUUUAGUUUCCAAAAAUACUGGAUUUGGGGGUUUUGGAAGGUGCUGGUCUCGAAAAUUAUAUUAACUUUUCCUCUAGUACUAAAUAGUGCUAUCUGACACUAUGUAGUACGAGGUGUAAAUUUGGCCUUUCGUUGUUAGUGGUGUUGUUCUGGUCCUUAGUACUCCUAUUUUCACCUCGUACUACAUAAUUACUAUGCCUGCCCGCAAUCGUGGGACACAGAACGGACUCGCAGAAGUCGGAUCGAUGUGUUCCCGCAAACGGUUGCUCGCAAGCUUGGUCCCGCCGUAAAAAGUGAACGCAAACUUCUUUUCAGGACACAUUUGAAGAACAUCAGCCAGUAGUAAGAGUUGCCAAGAGAUCGGCAGAAAUCAGGAACAAACACAAGGUACCUAGAGACCGAACCGAAUACAAAACCUUCCAAUCAGAGAGCAGCUUUACCGAUUAA